CUAUAAACAGGAAACCACAGCCACCAAUGUCCACAAUUCCCAUGGCCACCCUAUCCUCUCCUUCAUCCAUCCUCUCAUCCUCCACCACCAAAAUCCCAACGGCGAAGCCGCCUCCGCCGUCGCCUUCACUCUUCUCCACCAAACCACUAGCCACUGCUCUGACCACCGCAUUAGCCACUACCACACUCCUAGUCUCCCCUCCCUCCAUCGCCGCUCAACCCUCAACAUACCACCUCUACUACGGCACCGCUGCCAGCGCCGCCAACUACGGCGGCUAUGGCGGCAACUCAGAUAAGAAAGCCUCCGCCGAGUACGUCUAUGACGUCCCUGACGGCUGGAAAGAACGUUUAGUUUCCAAGGUCGAAAAGGGUACCAAUGGAACAGACAGCGAGUUCUACAAUCCGAAGAAAAGACAAGAGAGGGAGUACUUAACGUUCCUCGCUGGGUUCAGACAGUUAGCUCCGAAAGACGUGGUCUUGAACAACUUAGCUUUAUCUGACGUGGAGUUGCAGGAUUUGAUAGCUGGGGCUGACAGCUUCGUCUCCGAGGAGAAGAAGGACGAAAAUGGACAGAUUUAUUAUGUGUACGAGAUCGAUGGGAUGGGCAAGCAUAGUUUGAUAGCCGUUACUUGUGCAAAGAACAAGCUUUACGCUCAUUUCGUUAAUGCACCAGCGCCAGAGUGGCAACGCGAUAAGGACACCUUAAGGCACAUUCAUGACUCCUUUAAGACUGUUGGACAAUUUUGAGGAUGUUUUUUUCUUUUUCUUUUUCUCUCGUGUUAUGUUAAGUGCAGUUCCUUUUCUGGUUA